AUUAAAGGAGGACGCUUCCCAUCACAAACCACAGUGUGAAUAUUACAACUUCAAUAGAUGUGUAUUUCAUGUGAAAUUAUUCAGUUGUGAGAAGGUAGCAUAGCAAGACGGAAAUGAUGAACAGUUCACUAUUUUUCAUCGCUAUUUGUCUAUCAAUACUACAUGUCUUCAUAACAUUGGGCAACCCAUUGACAGGAACAAUAUCAACACAAGCACCAUGCUUUCAAUGUAAGAACAGCAACCAGUGCCUUAACAACUUCCUGCGGUGUGAUGGAGUGGACGAUUGUGGAGAUGCUUCAGAUGAGAAAAAUUGCUCAUGUGGUGACGGCAAAUUUGUAUGCAAUAACGGAAGAUGUAUCCCAAAGUCGUGGGUUUGCGACACGGAAAACGAUUGCUACGACAAUUCGGACGAAGUCAAUUGUACAGACCCGUGUGUUCACAAUGGCGGGUGUGAUCACGUUUGUCAAGUGACAAAAGAUAAGUCGGGCAAGGCAGCUAGUAAAUGCAGCUGUUAUGCUGGAUUUCAAUUGCGCACCGAUGGCAAAACAUGUCGAAAACCGUGCAAUAAGCCUGGUUUCUAUGUACGACCAGAUGGAACAUGUGAAGACGUCGACGAAUGUGCAAAAAGCUCAAUUUGUGAUGGUAUCUGCGUUAAUACAGUUGGUAGCUACAGAUGUGAAUGCCGUGCUGGAUUUGUCAAAGGAAACUUGAAAAAUACUUGUGAAGAUAUUGAUGAAUGUCAGAAGAGUAAUCAUGGAUGCGAACAUUUGUGUCAGAACACUCACGGAAGCUACAAAUGUUCAUGUAAACAUGGUUAUGUACAAUCCUAUCUGAAUCCUAAAAAAUGUGACGACAAAGACGAAUGCGCAUUUGGAGUCCCAAAUUGCCAUGUGUGCAUCAACGUAGCUGGAGGAUUCAAAUGUGCUUGUGACAAAGGCUAUGUCCAAAAUCCCAAUCGAACAGCAUGUCUUGAUGUUGACGAGUGUUCAAACAACAAUGGUGGAUGUGAACACAUUUGUGAAAACUUGCCCGGGGCCUUCAGAUGCAGGUGCAAACAUGGAUUUCAGCUGCAAGAUAGAAAGUCUAAAUUGUGUAUUGAUGUUAACGAAUGCGCGCAAAACAAUGGAAAGGGACCAUGUUCUGACGUUUGUAUUAAUAAAAAAGGAACAUAUAAAUGCUUGUGCAAAAAAGGUUUUAAAUUGGCUGGAAACGGACACACUUGUAUUGACAUUGAUGAAUGCCGUACAAAUGUCUGUCAACAAAGAUGUAUAAACAGACCAGGAGGAUUUUAUUGUGACUGUAAUAAAGGUUUUUUCUUGGCGGCAGAUAAGAGAACAUGUCAGAGAGGAAUUGAUUUCUCGGAAUGCGGGAUUUUGGAAAAUACAAUCCAAAACAGCAAUGAUUGGAGCAAUGUCGAUGUAUAUCAAUCACCUUGGAUAGUUCAAAUCAUGCUGGUCACAAAAGGAUGGAUGUCAAUGGAAAUACUGCAAUGGGGACAAAUCGGGGUGAUAUUGGGUGAAAAGUGGAUACUGACAGCCGGCCAUCCCAUGAGUGAUAUGUAUAAUUACAGGAUACGCACAAAUGAUGGAAAAGUAAUUGACGUAGAAAACGUCAUGCCAUAUUCCCGUUGUAAGCCAGAAAUCACUGAGUGCAAGAAUGACAUUGCCCUUUUGAAAUUAGUAGCACCAAUUAGUUUCAAGAGAAGUGUACGACCUAUAUGCAUUCCAAACCAUAGAAAGCAAAUGACUUUCUUAAAAACCAAAAACGAAGCAGCCACCAUUCUUACAAACAUUGGUCCAAAUGGUAUGCUCAAGAGAACUGUACAUGUUUGUGACGCAGGAAAUUGUACGCAUUAUCGUUUCUCGAGUCACAUGAUCUGCGCAGGUGGUUUAAAAGGUGUUUGCGCUGGGGAUAGUGGUUCUCCACUGAUAUUUACAAGAUAUGAGCACACGAACACUGUCCACGACACAACAAGAUUUAGAAACAUUGCUUACGUGAGCGGAAUCUUAAGCUGGGGUAAUUACAUUAUGCAUAAUGAUAAUCAAUCCGAUGAUUUUGAUUUUGAUAAAGAGUGUAAGAAUGACCCGCAGCAUCUUGCUUUUACAAACAUUGGGAAGAAAAUUCAUUGGAUUAAAGAAAAAACAGGAAUAUCACCUCGACCUGAGUGACUUUCAGAAUCCUAACCAUAACCUGUAGUUCCAUAACAUACAUUCCAUUCGUAAAAAAGAAAGCAAAUUUAACCUUUUGUAAACUGUUGAUUUACAAGCAAUUUUGCUAAAGGCCUUGAUUGUUAACCAGGUUCUGAAACGUCCCGUGCAACGAAAGACAACUUCAUUUUUUAGUUCACGGAACGAACACAUCGAAGAUAAUAUAUCAGUGUCAAAGCAUGCUAUGUAUAACAACGUGGUUAAAUACAAGAUUUAUUUAACCAAGAAGUAGAUUAAUAUUAAAAUAUGUUAUGACAGAAAGUCACUUGUCGUGACUUCAUGUUUCUUUGGUCAGCGGUAUGUACAGUAAAAUUCAGGGUGAAAUUCUAGUCACUUGAAUACAUUUCACAAAAGUUCUAACGCAAAUGCAGUGUUUACGCAUGAACUUAAUAAGAUGCCUAAAGUCUACAAACCUACGUUCGUGUCAAGUUCAUCAAUUAAAAAUGGACUUGAAACUCAAAAAGUAUUGCAUGAAAAAUUGAUAAAAAAACUACCCGCUAUAAAAAGAUGCGGCCCAAAGUUUUGACCAAUUUUUUCGUAGGAUAAUUGUGACUAUUUUGAUCAUCAAGAAUAUUACACUACGUCGUUUCUAUAAUAUUUUAACAGUUGUAAUCAUGACUAAGUAAGAAUAUAAUGUUGGAGAUUAGAAUGGUAUAGUUUAAAUAAUUAUUAUAUAAUUUAAUGAUAAAUUGAAACAAUGUUUUACCGUUAAAUGAAAGUAUAUAAAUAAUACACGCCUGAUAUAAAAUGACUGUAAAAUAGCAUAAUUGAGAAAUAAAUGUGUUAAAAAUUCGUUA